CCGACCCGCAGAUUCCAAGAAGACCUCCGAAGGGCUUUUGCUAGUCGCCCACGAAUACCGGCCUUUCCUUCAAAAUGGCAUCAUCAGCGAAGGCCGUCCAGACGUUCGGCAAAAAGAAGACCGCAACUGCUGUUGCACACGCCAAGGAGGGCAGGGGUCUCAUCCACAUCAACGGCUCCCCCAUCAACCUCCUGCAGCCCGAGAUCUUGCGUUUGAAGGUCUACGAGCCGGUUCUUGUUGCCGGCGAGGAGAACUUUGGUGUCAUGGACAUCCGGGUGCGCGUGAAGGGUGGUGGACACACUUCGCAAGUGUACGCUAUCCGCCAGGCGAUCGCAAAGGCUCUGGUUGCAUACUACGCGAAGUUCAUCGACGCAUACAGCGCGAUGGAGCUCAAGAAGAAGCUCGUCGCGUACGACCGAACGCUCUUGAUCGCGGACCCGAGGAGAAUGGAGCCCAAGAAGUUCGGUGGUGGAGGUGCCCGUGCUCGCAGGCAGAAAUCGUACCGUUAAGCUGCAUUGGCUCUCCAUCCGCUUUGCAUUGUCAUGUUCUACCAUCAUUGUAUCUACUCCCAUGUCAUGGCAAUAUGCAGUUUUUAUGGGCACU